GGCGCGCUCCCGGCGGGUCUCCGCGCCGCCCGGGUUCCCGGCGCGGGGCGGCGGCGGCGGCGACGGGAGGCAGAGGAUGCGGGCUCCGGCGGCGGCGGCGGCGGCGCGGGCCCGGGAGGACGCGGGAGGAUGAGGCGGAGGCCGGCGGUCCGGCCGCGCGGCGCCGGGAGGAGGCGCAGGCGGCGGGGGCGGCGGCGGGCGGCGGCGGGCGCGCGGGGCGCGGGCCGGGCCGGGCGCGGAGGAUGAAGUGGAGCGUCCGCGGGGCCUGCGCCGCGCUCGCCGCCUGCCUCCUGCUCGCCUGCGCGCUCAGCGCCGCCGCCGUCGGCCUCCAGUGCUUCGCGCUGGGCUCGGAGCUCCGCGGGGAGCCGUUCCGCCUCGGCGCGGCCGCCGGCGCCUUCUACUCGGGGCUGCUGCUGGCCGCCGGCCUCUCGCUGCUCGGCGCCGCCCGGCUCUGCUGCGGGCCGCGCGCCGCGCCUCCCGCGGGGCCGGGCCCGGGGCUCGGGGCGCCCGCCCGCACGGCAGGCGCUCCGGAGGCCGCGCCGGGCGCCGCCGCCGAGCCCGAGGGCCCGGGCACCGGCCAGAACCUGCUCCUGCUCGGCGCCCUGGUCUUCAUGCUCGGGGUCCUGAGCGCCUUCGCGGGCGCCGUGAUCGACGGCGACGCCGUGUCCCUCGUGGAGCGCAAGUACUCCCACUACUGCCUGCCCCCGCGCGCGCCCGCCGGCCCGGCCCCGGCCCCGGCCCCGGCCCCGGCCCCCGGCCCCGCGCCCGGCCCGGCCCCCGGCGCGCCACGCGCCCGCGCCACGCCCGCCAAGUGCCGGCAGCUCAAGGACUACCAGCGCGGCCUGGUGCUCUCCACCGUCUUCAACGCGCUCGAGUGCCUGCUGGGCCUGCUCAGCCUGCUGCUGGCCAAGGCCUGCCGGGCGGCGCGGGCCCGGCGCGGGCGGCGGGGAGGCCGGGUGCGGGCGCGGCCCCGCGGCGGCUCGGGGCUCCGUGCACAGCCGCCCCCUCCCUGGGCGCGGAGGGCCCGGCGCGUCCGGCGGCUGCAGCAGCAUCGCCCGAGCGAGGCUUCCAUCCUGGCCCCGGAGGACGCGGACGCGGACGCGGCCGCGCCCGGGGACUGCGCGGGCUUCGCGGCGCGCCACGCCGUCUCCUACAUCCACUUGGGAGUCAUCCGCGCGUCGGACGAGGCGGGCGUGGAGGUGUGCUGCGGCGGGCACCCGUCCGUGGAGCUGCCUGGCUACGCGCCCUCGGACCCGGACCUCGACGCCUCCUACCCCUACUGCUGCCGGCCGCCCCGCGAGGCGGCGCGCCCCUGGGAGCCGAGCCGCGCCUGCUGAGCCCGGACGCGGAUGGACGGACGGACACGCGAGGGUCGCGGGGCCGGCGGGGGCCGAGCCGGGCCGGCUGCGGGGCCGCCCUCCGAGUCUCCCCGCCCGCGCCACGAGACUGGCCCCGAGAGUUACGUGUCUGUGUCUGGGAGAUUUCUCUUCUGGCCCGGGUCUGUUCGUACCGGAUUCCAUUUAAAGUUUACAACAGUGUUUGGGGUGCGCUCGCCCCGCCGCACUUCUCUUGGCCAGUCCCUUGCUGGGGCGCGGCCCCAGGCCCGGCGCGCGCUCCGUGAGGAGGACACGGACACUUCCGGAACGAAAGACGACGGGAUGCACCGCCGGCAACACUUUGUACACGGAUGUGCCUGCUUUUGUCAAAACUUUCUUACUGUAAAGCUCCAGAAAUGGUGACAAUGUUUGGUACAUUUAUUGCAAUUUGAAAUUGGCGAGUUCCUUUAUUAAAUGAAUUGCUAUGUCGUUGGA